AUGAAAUGCAACGUUUGUUGGAUUACGUUUUCAAGUAUUGACAAGGUAUACGUAACUCAAUGCUCGCAUCUCAUUUGCCACGACUGUGCUUCAAAAUGUUUUAGUCUAUCAGCGUGCUGUCCUAUCUGCGAUACUAAGCUCGACAUUGAUGACCUCGCACUCAUCGAAUUGGCACCGUCUGCCGAGAAACUCAAAGCCCUUUGCGGGUUGGACCCUUGCUUCGUCCUUCAAAUCGCUUCAAGAGCCAUCGAUUUUUACAAUUUUCAACAAGAACUCGUCACCAAACAUGACAGCCAAGAAAUCAGUGACUUGAAGCGUCAAAUUCAACACAUAAGUCAGAAGCACGUAAACAUUAUAAAAGACCUCAACGCACAAAUUAAUUCUUUGAGUUCCAAGCUAGAGGCUACCAUUAUAGAAAGAAACGCACAACAAAAAACGAUCAUUGAUUUGCAAAAUAAAAUCGAAAAAGAGUCAAAUAAUUUCUUGACCUCGUUUUCGUGUGACAGUUACAGUUCAUUAGAAAAAAGCAAAAGUACAGCAUCCCCAGGGCUACUUUCGCUGAGGGAUAACAUAAAUCAAAAUAUCCACAAUACCGUCAAUUCGUCCUUUAUCAAAACACAAAUUGGCCCAACUCCUAGUUGGCUUGACAAAAGUGGCGCAGAUGACGAAUUUUGUGAGCUUCUCCCAGAAACGGCUAUAAACGCUACAUCAUCAACUGACAGGAGUCAAGAUUACAAAUCGCCGAAUAGCACAUCUAAUCAUCUUGCAAAGCAGUCUGUGCUUUUUCCAAGCCAGGACGUCUAUAACGAUAAUUCGAGCAAAUCACUUUCCUGGAAAGGAGCUGAUUUGCCUUCUGCUCGUUUCCCCCCGCGACUUGAAUUACUCAAAAAUGUGCAUCUCCAAAGACCUGCGACGCCCUUCCUACAAAAGCUUUCAAAUAUUCAGGAAUCGAGCGUUUUUGGAUCAAUUUAA